UAUUCUGCAGCAGUGUCAACAAAUAGCAAAUCAAAAAUAAAAUAGUAUAUUUUUCAUCAGUUCCUUUAAAGAAUUAAUAAAAAGGAAAAUGUCUCAAGGAACCGGGGUAGUGGCCCCUCGCAGAGAGGUAACCGGUCUUAAUCGCAUGACGCCCAAGGGCCUGAAGGAACUGUGCAAGAAGGCCAAGCUGUAUCAGACACCACGUCUAAAUGAUGUACUCUAUUUGCACUAUCAGGGUUAUCAGAGCAUCGAGUGCCUGGAGGAGUACACGGAGCUUAAGUCCCUGUGGCUAGAGUGCAAUGCGAUUUCCGAAAUACAGGGCUUGGAACAACUGACUAAACUGAAGUGCCUAUUUCUGCAAAACAAUUUGAUCACAAAGAUGGAGAAUUUAAACCCAUGCAGAGAGCUAGAUACUUUAAAUCUUAGCUCAAACCAUAUUCGCAAAAUCCAAAACAUUGGGUCCGAUAUCCUACCAGUUUUGAACACCCUCAACAUUUCAUCAAACUAUCUGAAGGACUGCGAGAGCCUGUCAGACUUGGUCCAGUGCAAAAAUCUAUCGGUGCUGGACCUAUCAAACAACCGAAUUGACGACAUAUUGAUUGUGAAAGUGUUCGAGCAGAUGCCAAGUCUGAGGGUUUUGGUGUUACAGGGGAACCCCGUGGUUUCUAGACUACCCCAGUAUCGGAAAACCUUGAUACUGGCCUGCAAAGAACUCACUUAUUUGGAUAGUCGUCCUGUGUUCCCCCGUGAUCGAGCGUGCGCUGAGGCUUGGAAGCGAGAGGGCUACGAAGGAGAACGCAAGGAAAACAACCGAUGGAACAGGGCUGAACGUAGGAAGACCCGCGAGAGCGUUAACUGUACCAUACGCAUGCGCAAUCGUCACCGUCCUCCCGAUCAGCAGGCUCCCUUGCUGAGGUCCAGCGAUUCCGAAGACGACAAAUGCGCGGAGAACAGCCGCAAAAGGGCCGAGCUUGCGAACGGAGGUGUCGAUCAUUUGUGGGACGAGGUGUCGGGUGAACAGCCGGGCUCGCAGCACAGUAGCACCACAUCUAGUUCUGCCGAAGACAAUGGAAGUGUAGGUUCUCGGGACGAUUACAUAGCUGAGAAAAUAAGUGAUCGUACGCCUCUAGAGGGUCGUCCAAAGUUCCUUUAUGAAUAUGAUUUAGAGAAAGCGGAGGAAGCUAAGAAGAGCGUGAUGACGGAAGAGGAUGCUACGAAGACUGAAGGCACCGAUGAUAAAGAUGUUGUCAAGGUAGUGCGUGUUCCAAUAGAAGAGACAAACCUGGAAGAACUCACUAUUACUAAAGAGCCGAUCGACAAGGCUGAAAGCAAUACUCCAACAGAGGAUUCAAUUAUUGAUAAGUCUGGGAAUGCAGAUUUGCCAUUGAGCACAUUGGACCAGCGUAGUGUAAUUGAAGUCGGAGAAAGUAAAACCCCUGAAGAAAAUACAUUACCAAAAUCGAAUGUUACCGAAAUCGACAGUAGUUCAGAGCUGGAUAACGAUGACGAUUUCGAGAACACUUGCAAAACCCUGACAACUAUAGCUCAAAAUAACGGUCUUGAAGAAGACCAAACCAACAAAGAGUUUAAGAGUAAACUUAUUGACGAAAUGUACGAAAGCUUUGGAGCUGAGCUUGAUGUCGAUCUCGACGAGCCUCUAGACCUACAUCUAAAUGAAAACACAACCAACUACAAACCAGACGCGAGGUUUUUUUGUGAGGAAAGCAAGACGCCUAGGGACUUUUAUCAAGAGGAAGGAGAGCCUUGCCUCGCACCCAAAUCCAAGGAACAGCUAGAGUUUGAGCUGGACAGUGCCAUCGCAAAUGAUAAGUGUGCUUAUGACUUGAAGGAAAUGGGUAGACAAAUGGAGGAGGAUUUGGAAGAACUGAGGCAGUCCACACAGAGUUUGGUAGGGCCUAUGAGGGAAGAGACUAAUCCAUCAGACACAGAAACUGAAGAAGAAGACCUGACAGCCCAUCAUGAUCUAAAGUCUCGUCUUCUUGCCCAUCAGUCCAGUGAACGGCGUAUGAAGAUGAAGUUAAGAGAAGAAAUGAAAGCCGAAAAAGAAUCUCCGAAAGAUUUGAACAAUACACUCUUAGAGAAAUCAGUGCCAGAUGAUAAGCAAGACCAAUUUUUGGCCAAUAUAUCAGACGAUGGUAAUGAAGCAAUUUUAAAAGAAUCACUUCCAGAUGAUGAGCAAGACCAAUUGUUCGCCAAGAUAUUGGACGAUUCUACGGAUAAUGUACCCAAGCGCGUCUUUGGCAGUGGGUUUGAUGCGCCAAGCCAGGAUUGGCCACAGGAGGAGUGUAUGCGUCAACUGACCAUCUCUGAAACUUCAGUCAAAGAGAACAUCUUCACCAAACCCAUCACAAAUACGACUAGUGCCCAAGAGGCUGAGGAAAUUUGCAUUCAAAUGGAUAAAAAACUGGCUGAGGACGAGAAAGCCCUUCGUAAGCUACUGCAGGACUUGGAGGACGAGGUUAACGAGACAUAUGAAAUUGAAACGACGGUGGAAUACGAGGAAACUAUUACCACCGAAGAAACCGAUGUUGCCAGUAUUUGCCACUCUUUGCUGGACGAUAUCAUUGUUGAGGUGACUUACAACGAAUUAGUGCGGGCUCAAAAACCCAAGAGUUUUGAGUUUGGUCCAAUUGAAUCCGAUGAGGAGUUCAGCUACUCUGCCGAACCGAAACUUGAAAAGUUGGUGCCCCCUGAAUUGGAGGACCCGGCCCGUGGCAAGAGCCUUCGGGAAUGCCUGGAUACCUUCGCCGACUUUGUCACUUCCAUGGGCGAUCCAAAGCUGAAGUUUAUGCUGGGUCGAACACCGACCGCGGGAGUGGAGAAAAUUCGUGCCGCACAGGAGUUGCUGAAGUCAAAGAACCUUGCGGAGUUCAACCAGGAUUCGGCGGAAAGCUUGGACGCCCAAAUAGCCAAGGAAAAGGAGAAGCUCAAGAGGCGCGUGGCAGCCUCUGCCACUCGGUGCUUUAACCAACGCGAGAAAUAUGAUGAUACCUUAGAGGUGGUCGACAAUCGGCUAAUGGUUGUCAAGAAGGACUCCGGGGAGCUGGAAGAGCUUCCACCUCCUCCAGCCUUGAUAAGUGACUCUGAGUCCGAGGACUACGAGACAGCCGAGGAAGAGUACACACCUGGCAGAGAAAGCCAUAAUCAGGGAGCUCGGCGUCCAUGGACCACCCCGUAUAAGCCAAAGCCACGAAAGUCAGAGGAACACCUGGUGACAGAGGCUAUGCAGCAAAGGGAAAUGGAAUCUGCCCUUCAAGGAUCGCCAGACGGCUCUAGAGAGGUGAACGACCCCCCUGAAGACGAAUUUUACUCGCUGGAAGCUAUGACCACCUUCGGUAACCUGGACUCUGAGUUCUUUCAGAAACUGGAUUUCCAUGAAGUCAACGCAUCCGAUGACGCUGAAUCGGCCAUCGAGUGCAUGCGUAGCUACAACGAACUUAAAGCUUACAUGAAGGCCGGAUCGACGGAGCACCAGCUGACCAGUGAGGAAAACGAGAUGUUGCAGGCGAUGAUUUCUAACGAGGAAUCCGAAGUGACCAAGCCAAGCACUCCCCAGAGGGAGGAGGAGGAUGAUCUGCUGAAAAAAAUGGUCAUUCGCAUGAAGGAGUACGAGGAGAGGGAGCGUCAACUCCAGCUAACACAACAAGAUGUUUCCGAGGAUUUGGUCCCAAUUAGCUUGUCCGUGGGUGGAGCAAAACUUUUCGAGCAAAAGAGCGAAAUUUCAGAGGCCAUGGAAGGGGACUCCGAAAAUAAAACCGAUGGCCACCUGGAAUCCAAAGACAACGAAGAUAAUUCUCAAGAUAAAAACGAAGCCAAUCGAUUGACUACACCUCAGGUUGAAGAAAGUGUCGCUCCACUUCUAAAGACCACUCUCGCUUGUCAGAACAAAAGUAUAGACGAUGAUAUACCAUCGGAUGCUUCAACGGACUACGAAUCUGGAGAGGAGCUAGUUGUGGUAGAGCCGCCAAAACUUCCCGAGGCAGUCCUGAAGUCGUUCUACUCUGAGGGAUUUGAGGCGGACUUAAAAAUGGUUCACGAUCUUAAAGAAGCCACUCGGCGAAAUAUUCAGCCGCCGUUGACAACGGUACAGAAAUCAAACAUAACUUCAACCAGCUGCUCACAUCCAAGUAAUAACCCCUUACAUAAUCUCGUACAAGAAAAGGAAAUGAAAUCGCUUUCAAAUUCUGAGCAGUCCGUAGGUGCUAGGGCGAAAUGGGCCAAAAUAGCUGAACGAUUACACGAGUUCCUUGAUCCUGAGACGAUUGAAAUGCUUAAUAAACAAGAGUUUGGUGAGAGCGAUGAAUGUGACGACGAUGAUGAUGAAAAUACUAGCCCUGUUCCUGAAGACACAGAGAUGAUUGAAGAACACAUAUUUGGAAAGGAAGAAAAUCUAGAAGCUGUAGAUCAAGACGAUAUUGCACAAAGUACUGACAAUAGAAAUUCAAGUUUCUGUAAGGUUGAAGACAUCCCUCAGAGAGGGAACGAAGAUAAAAAUAUAAUCAGUGAAGAAAAGGUGAUUUCUAAUCUAGAAGUUAAGUGCUUGAUAAGCGACGGCGAAGCAAUGGAAAGUACUUUGGCACCAGAUAUAGCUUUGAAGAAAGUGUUUUUACCCGAUGGAAAGGAGGACCAAUUGGAAACACUGAAAAACGAAAGCGAAAAGCGCACACCACAACAAUCUUCUUCUACUGAAUGUUUUAGGAUUGAUUAUUUUGAGGACCCAACCGAAACUGAAAUCGAAAUCGAUUGUGCACAACAAAAAUGUUUAAAAACGGAACAAAUAGAGUGCAACCUUGAGAUCUUGAGCGAAGAUGGAGACGCUGUGGUUAAAGAACUCAGUGUUAGUGCUCAGGUGACCUUUAAGUAAUUAACAGUUUAAAAUGUUUUUAAGGUGUAUUCUUAAAUUUUUAUGUCUGUCACUUUCUGUUAGUAAAUUGAUGAGCAUUCCAAAAGCACAA